AUGGCAAAAGUCUCCCAUACAUUGCAAAAAGGUGCUGUCGUCCAGCACCAUGCCAGAGCUCAUGCCUUGAAAGAUGGAAUGCCUGAGGGAAUCAUGGAAUCUUUGGCGGGAAAUAUCCGUCUUGUUACAUUGCACUGCCUGUCGCUGUCAAGUGAACUCCAGCAAGCCGCUCUAUGCAGUCUUCUGCGAUAUCUCUAUUCACCGUUUGCUGCAUUGCAGGAAACACGCAUCAGGGAACGCCCUCUCAUCAGUAUCGACAUUUAUACCACCUUCUGCUGCGGUGCUGAUGUAAGGAAAGUAGGAGGCUACACAGUAGCUGUCAGGAACAAUUAUAUCAACCUGGUGGAGGAGUUUGGAUCAACGUCGUCAAGAUGCGCUUCUGUACGAUUGCGGGAUCGCAGAGGACUCACUUCUGGGUCGCAGGUGCUCAUGCAUCUACGGAGACUGCAGAGAACCACAACAGGGAUGCGUUUUAUGAUGAACUCAAUACGUUGA